GCGGAGUGCAGUUUGUCCCAUUUCGAGCAGACCGGAUUCAUCUAGUCAGGCAAGAUGGUCUUCAUCCUGGGCGUGAACUUCCCUGAGCGGAACCUCGUCAAGACAUCGCUUCAGUCCUUUUUCGGCAUUGGGAACACUGGCUCGUCACGCCUUCUAGCCCGCUUUCACAUCCACCCUACAUGCAAAGUUGGCGAGCUGGCAAACAAGCAGGUCCUCGAUAUCACGGCCGCUUUGUCUGAGAUGAAAAUCGAGAACGACCUUCGCAGACAAUACCUGGAUGAUAUCAAGCGCUUGAAGGAGACGGGUACGUACCGGGGUAGACGGCAUGCAUUGGGGCUCCCAGUUCGUGGACAGAGAACAAGAACUCAGAUCAAAACUGCUGUCAAGCUCAAUCGUAUGGAGAGAAGGCUCUGAGCUCACUGCUGCGGCUGUUUGUAUCUUGUUGGACCUCGCGAUCUUUAUGUGGGGGGCAUGGCAUGGCGUUAAUUUUAAUUUCUUGAAUUGAGUAUCAGCUACAGUCUAAAAACUUAUGAGAUGUACUAUAUCCAGAGAACGAAUGUGCA